GUGUCCAAAGGUGCCAGGAAGCAAGCAGAGGAACCAGCAUGCUGCGCACGCAGUCGGCGUGAAUCCUAACCACCCUUCCCGAGUCUGAACCCCCGUCGGCACAAUGUUGAAACUCAAAGUUAGGCGCGCCGUCGAGCCGGACCAGUCUCUCUGUGUUCACUCUCUCGUAAAGAGAGAUAAUAAAAGCGCAAUCUGAUAUGGUAACUGGCAUGGUAAUGGCGCGAAACACUUGACUGGAAGACGGCGGUGCGACGCGUUCGCCGCGACGAUGCGACCGACGUUCCGCGCUCAGAAACACCGUCGUGAUCGCGAAAGAUCGCAUUUUCCUAAUUCCGGGCACGAGCUGCUUCCUUAUGAAUGCGUACGUCACUUGGUGAAGUAAUACCGCGGAAACAGCUGGAACAAUGUACGGUAUGCUGUUGGAGAGUGUGCAGCACUUCGUGCAGUUAGAAUACGGCGAGGAUGUGUGGCUUCAGCUCCUGGAAAGAGCUGAUUGCAAACAUAUGGUUUUCAACACGCGACAAACGUAUCCCGACGAGCUUAUGACCAAUUUAGCUGCUGCAUUAGCCGAAUACAAUGGCGAAUCCGUGGAGAAUGUAAUGCAAUUCUUUGGGAAGUGUUUCGUUAGAUUUUUUAGCAACUUAGGAUAUGCCUGCAUGAUAAAAGCCACUGGUCGUUAUUUUUGUGACUUUCUACAAAACGUCGACAAUAUUCACAUGCAAAUGAGAUUCACGUAUCCACGUAUGAAAAGUCCUUCGAUGUACACUACACACGUCGACCCACAGGGUGUAGUGUUAGUUUAUCGAAGCACUAGGAAAGGAUUUACACACUAUCUUAUGGGUCAGUUAUUUCAAAUAGCCAAAGAGCUUUACGAAACAGAUUUAGUUAUACGAGUAUUAGGAAGUUCAAACAAUAUUCCUGGUUCCAGAAGCGUAAUGGUUAAGUUUAGAAUUGAUUUCGACAAUCGUGAAUACAUCGCAAAGAACAACAGUAUGAAAACUCCACUUGGCCGUGAAUUGGCACCGGUGUCAGUAUCGUUCCUUUUACGUCUUUUCCCAUUUGGAGUAGUAAUCAACAAGGACAUGAGAAUAUUGGGGGCCGGUGAUAAACUGCUGCAAGCAUGGGGUGGCAGUACGUCCAUUUUGAAUAAACACGUCACGGAUGUUUUUAAGUUCCGUAGGCCUAAAGGGAUAUCUUUCACAUGGGGAAAUGUGAUGUACUUGCAUUCUGUGAUGUUCGAAUUGGAGCUGGUCAGAUUAAACGAUAACGAUGGUUCAUCUAACUCAGACAAUACCCCAAGCACCAGCUCGGGAUUGGAUAGGCGAGGCAGUCAAGGAGCCAGAAGCAUACUACUGAAAGGUCAAAUGAGAUAUAUCGAGGAUCUUAAAGCAAUUAUUUUCUUAUGUAGUCCCCUAAUUAACAGUUUAGACGAAUUGCUUAACAUGGGCCUGUACCUGAACGACCUAAAUCCUCAUGGCUUGAGCCGUGAGUUAGUACUCGCCGGAUGGCAACAUUGCGGAAGAUUAGAGAUGAUGUUUGAGAGGGCUGAGCAGAGAUCGACCGAAUUGGAAAACAGCUACGCGUUGUUGGAUCGCUGGAAGAAUAAGAGCGACGAGCUUUUGUAUUCCAUGAUCCCACAGACGGUUGCUGAUCGAUUACGUGCUGGAGCUUGUCCUUUGAGCACUUGCGAGUCAUUCGAGUCUAUUUCCGUGUUAUUCUGCGAGCUUUGCGACUUCGAUUACUCAACGAUCGAAGGUGCAAUGGACAUUGUCUCGUCGAUGAACGCUGUUUUUUCUUGUUUCGACUCGCUGAUGGAUGAAUUUAACGUAUACAAAGUAGAAACAGUCGGCCGGGUCUAUAUGGCAGCCAGUGGUGCGCCGGAUAGAACGGAAAAUCACGCGCAAAAUAUCGCAGACGUUUCGCUCCAGCUGCUGAAACACGUCCGAUCCCUUAAGUUACCUUCUGGUGUCGAUAUUCAAAUUCGUAUAGGGAUCCAUUCUGGACCAGCUGUAGCAGGUGUAGUUGGCAUCAAAGUACCUAGAUAUUGCUUUUUCGGUGACACUGUGAAUACUGCUUCUAGGAUGCAAACGACUAGUCUGCCUGGAAAGGUGCAGAUCUCAUCGGAUGUGAAAGCGUUAUUACCACCGGAUCGGUAUUACGUUGAAUCACGCGGAUUGGUUUGGGUCAAGGGUAAAGGUAACAUGGAAACUUAUUGGUUAUCCGACAAAGUAGACACGGACGGUAAAUCGACCGAGCAACAAGCUACUAAACCAGAAGGACUUCUAGUCACUGAUAUUUAAAACGUGGUCAAAUGGCGAAUUAGAUAAUUCUAAUUAUUUACUAAUCAUAUUUCUUUUUAUGGUUUAAUGAUUGGAUCCCUCUUAGUUAAAGUAUCCAUUCUAUUAUACAAAAACUGAGGGAAAAUAAAGUUUUAUUAUUUUCUUUGUGCCAUAAAUAUUUUUCCCUUUUUUAUUCAUUCUAAGAUAUUCAAUUCAAAGAUUUUAUUUCGUAAGACCCUGUGUAUUGUAAUUUUAUUUGAAAGAUAAAGAAACACAAGAUAUUUAUUUCAAAUAUAUUUUAAAAAUAUUUCAUAUUUUGAAAAAAUGAAAAAAUACUGCAGAGGAUAUUCUGACUAAAGGGGACCGUGUUAGGAACAAUCAGAAUCACUUUAUUGAUGUGCAAUCACGUGUGCAAUCGACAUAUUGAUUAGAUUGUUUUAGUUUUAUGGUGAUGUAUAGAGAUAUGAUAGUUCGUGAAUAAUCGUAGCAUAUGCGUUUACUAAAAUAUUUUUUAGAUGUUACUCGUUCAUAGAUUUCAAUGUUAUUUAAUGUAAAUGUUUUAUACAAUGAUUCGUCGAAUGAUGUAAAAGAUACGGAAUUUAGUUACAAAAAGAUAGUAAACAAACUUUCUUUCCAUUUUAGUUAUUUCCUCCCUUUUUCCCUUUCUUAUUUCCCUCGCUACCUCCGGUAUAUUAUAGGCUUAAGAGACUGUUUGCUGAGCUAAGCUUCCUCAAUUGCUCUUUAUAUCCUUCCUCCCGCAACAUUUUCUUUUCUUUUUAUUUUCUUCGUUUCCACAUCAAUUCUUUCACUCCUAUAUCUUUUGUACCUUAUUUUUACUAUUAUUACCUUUUAGCUUCAAUAUUUUAAAAAUUGAUAAUAUUUUUAGUACAUAUUUAAAACAGUGUUUGUUGUACGGGAAAGAUAUACGCAUGGGUGUUAGACCUUAAAUGCAUGGUUUGUGUUAAAUAUAAUAAAACAUUUGGAGAUUAUCAACUUGUGUCUGAGAAUAUCACAGAAAAAUAAUUUUAAAGAAUUAU